AUGGCACCCUCAAUACUUCAAUCAGGUUCUGUGACUUCACCUGCCCCCUUGAUUCAACGCAACAAUCGUAAUAGUUUGUUUCGAAUAUCCAGUAUACCCUCAUAUUCAAUACUUGUAGCCGCUACUGAAAUACCUCAUUUGACAAAUUGUAAAUAUUCCGAAAAUAAUGACAUCGAUAUCGACGAUGAACGAAUAUUUUUGGAAAAAAAAGUGCAUCCAAGUCAAGAGGAUGUUAGGAUGUUCGAAAAAAUAGCAGAGAAAUUGGGAAGCCCUGCGUUUGAGGCAUUCUUGAAUCAAAGGGUGUCACUUACUACCGAACAGAUGAAUAAAAUUGAAAUUGCGAGGUUACAGGCUAAUGUUGAGAAAUUACCACCAAGAUAUCCUUCUCAGGAUUCAUAUUUACGCAAAGACAUCCACAAUCUAUAUUUCACCAGUCUCCACACCAGCCUUAACCGACUCGAAAAUCCCUCGUUUCAGCAACAACGUUAUUGCAUGUCCAAUGAAAAAGAAGAAACUCUUUACGCCCAGAGAAUUUUCAAACGAGUGAGCCGCGCACUGAAGUUACGAAUGGUAUCUCAAGAUGCUGAUCUUAUAUCAUCAGAACAGAAGAAAGAAAUCCGAUUCAAAGAAGUAGAGGAAAACUUGAAUCAACUGGUAGACAGAUUUCCAAGGUUUGAUAAUCAGCGGGUAGUAUUUAGGAAUGCAACUAGCGUUGACGUCAAAUAA